CUUCCCAACACUGAUCAGCAGUACACUCACAUGCAGUCAGAAGAGGACUCACAGGAUACACACACGAGCUUCUGAUCGAGGACAGCAGUGGAAAUGAAGGGGUAUUUGGGCUUUUUUCUGCUGAUCGCUGCCCUCACAGCCUACAUGUGGAGAGAUACGUUUGAUCCAGAGUCUGUUCGGGGGGCCCGAGUGCUGAUCACAGGGGCCAGUUCAGGGAUUGGGGAGCAGAUGGCCUACCAUUAUGCAAAGUUUGGAGCUCAGAUCGUCAUCACUGCCAGACGAGAAAAUGCUUUAAAAACGGUGGUGCAGAAGUGUGUGAAACUGGGCGCUCAGAAGGCGAUGUAUGUGACCGGAGACAUGUCUGUCCACACCGACCCUGAAAGAGUCUUCAAAUACGCUGUGGAAAAACUGGGGGGGCUGGACUUUCUAGUGCUGAAUCAUGUUGGAGAAGUCAAUAUUGAACUCUGGAAUGGAGACGCAGAUUUUGUGAGGUCUCUCAUGCAGGUGAAUUUUGUGAGUUUUCUGCAAAUGGCCGGAGCAGCUCUUCCUGUUCUGGAAAAGUCUGGUGGAUCCAUCAUUAUAGUGUCUUCUUUGGCAGGUAAGGUGGCGAGUCCGUUUGUGGCUCCAUAUGCCUCGACCAAGUUUGCUUUGAAUGGAUUCUUUGGAGCGUUGCAGAAUGAACUGGCAAUCAAGAAGAGCAACGUUUCAAUUUCCAUCUUGAUUAUCGGACUGGUCGACACAGAAGCAGCAAUGAAUAAGAUCAAAGGAUUCAGCACGAUGACUGCCUAUCCUGCCAUUGAAGCUGCUCUGAACAUCAUCAAAGCCGGGGCGACCCGUCAGAGAGAGGCCUACUACCCCUGGUUCCACUACUUCACCUGCCUGAUCAAUAACAUCUUCCCCUUCGGGAAGGAUAUUCUGCUAUUAAGCCUAGAAUAAGGACUAAAACAGCUGCAUAGUUCAGACAUUAAAGCAACUGUAUGUAAGGUUUUUACCUUGAAAUAUUAAAAUCAUUCCAAACGUC